CCGUUCAUUUCCGAGGGAGCAGUCUUUCGAAAAGUAUCUCACACCUACCUGAGUGAGAAACUCAACAACCAAUAUCGAUUAAACUGAUUCCAAAAUUAAUUAUUUCCCGGAACAGAAUUUGUUAAAACGAAAAACAGACAAACACACAGCGCUCUCGGUUAGAAUACUUGGAACUUUUAUAUUCACUUUUAUAUUCCAUUUUCCUGGGACUGGCAACUACAUUGUACAUCCAACGGUCACAACCGAUCUUCGAAAUGAGUAUCGUGGCUCAAGACCAUGUAUUUUUGUCCGCUUUGCAGCCGAAGACCGCCGUCAGCACCUACGCAGUCCCGUCCGAGAUCCAGCUCGGGGGGAAUGGGGGCACCCUGUCGGAUGAGGUGGCCCGGGGAAAGCGGGUCCAGCAGCAGGUUGCUAUGCGGCUCGCCGAGAAAUCUUCGACGCUUCCGAGACAGAACGGCUCAGCCACACACUAUUCCUCCUCAGAACACGGCGGAUCUUCAACAAUGAAGUACCAUACCUUCAACCCAGGGUUCAGCUCCAAGUCCUACGCCUACACAGCCUCCAGACCUGUCAUGACACCCAAUGUGUCUCACUACUCAGGCGGUUUCUCCUCCCACUCGGCAGUGGACCUGGGAGGUGGUCAGAGGGUCACCAUGGGAGGUGGAGGAAGAGGAGGAGGUGGUGGAAGAGGAGGAGGUGGAGGUGGAGGAGGAGGUGGAGGGUACAUGUACCAAGAUGACAUGCGCACAGGAGGGGGUUCCCUAGGAGGAGGGGGCUACCAGGUAGGAGGGGUCUACCGGGGAGGAGGAGGGGGCAACAUGAGGGGCCAACAGAUCCGGACGAUGAGCCGUGUCCCUGGGCCAGACCCAGAGACCUCUCUGCGCGCCAUGAGGCUCCAGAACCUGCCUGCACAGCCGUCUCCGGUGGCAGCCUGGGUGGCCGCUGACGUCAGCGAUGGCUGCAGCCUGGCCUCAGACCGCGAUGCCACCUUCAGCCGACAGCAGUCUGUCUACAGCACUGUUAGCGGAGGAGCCUACAGCUCUGGGACACAAAUGAGACAGGCAGGAGGAGGAGGGUCCAUGGUACCCAUGAGGCGAUCACUCAGCGGGACACUAGCCCAGAGCGGAGGAGGGGAGAUGAUGGGAGGAGAGGAGAUGAUGGCGGUCCAGCAGCAGCAUUCCUUUAAAGGACCAGCGUUCCGCACCAUCAGCAGGAUCAACAACAGGAACAACAGGAUGUCCAUGGGCUCCAUGUCUGGAGCUUCUACCUUCCCUCCCCCCGGGGGAAACAGCAGCGUCGGUGGGGGGGAUGGAGGAGGUGGGUUCGUGAUGGGCCAGGUGUCGUCGGGGUCUCAGGGGAAUAUGAUGAUGAUGCGGCAACAGAGACAGACCUCUCUUCCCAGGACCAUGUCUGUCAAGAGCAUUCACAGUGUCGGGAAGGGCAUGGAUAUCUACGACGAUCAGGUGGACAUGACUGGCAGCAUGGGCAACCUCAGCGGGAUUAAUAACUUGGACAUGGACACGGCGGUGACGUACCUGAAAGAGGGGAGUGCUGACUUGCAGGUUCUGGAGCAGCUUAUAUCCAACAACGAAUGCUACAACAACAACGAUGCCAAGAACGAGGUGCGGCAAUAUAAGGCCAUCCCGGAGCUGGUGAGGCUAUUCAACAGUGAGAACCAGGAGGUGGCUCGCUACGCCACAGGGGCUAUGAGGAACGCCAUCUAUGAGAACAUGGACAACAAGAUGUCCCUCAUCGAGGAGGGAGGAAUUCCACAGCUCAUAAAUGCUCUGAAGCAGAAUGAUGAUGAGCUACGCAAGAACAUCACAGUCAAGCUGUUAGAACACAACCACUGUCUGGACCUCUACACGUUCAGGUUGUUGGAUAGUGGAGACUCCUCGAGCGGCACUAUGGUCGAGCUAGAGAGCAUCCCGUCUCUGUUUGCCCAGUGGUUGAUCGAUCGUUCAUACAUCUAUACUACUCGCACCGGUGUAAGCCUCUCAGCGACACUAUAUGGUAUCAGCGCCAUGGAGGGCACCAGCCUACAAAGUGUUCUCACGAACCUGAGCUCAGUGAAUGAGAAGACCAGAAGGCAGAUGCGGGAGACCAACGGUCUGGUGGAUGCCCUGGUAGGAUACGUCCAGGCCUCGGUACAGGAUGGCAAGGUGGAGGACAAGGGUGUGGAGAACACUUUAUGUGUCCUGAGGAACCUCUCCUACCAACUGUACAGUGAGAUCCCGCCCUCAGCCCUGCUACGUCUGGAAGGACCAACCAGAGGCCAAGAAACCAGCAGGAGCGAAGCCAUUGGUUGCUUUACCCCUCAGAGCAAGAAAGUCAAAGAUAGGAAGAACCAGGACAUGGCCACGUUCACGGAGGUGGCCCGCGUACCCAAGGGUCUGGAGUGGCUGUGGCACCCCCAGGUGGUGGGGCUGUAUAACAGCGUGCUGCAGGGCUGUGAGGUCAACUCCACCACCCGCGARGCUGCAGCCGGGGCUCUGCAGAACAUCACCGCAGGCGACAAGAGGUGGGCGGAGGUGCUGAGUCAUGUGGCUCUGGAGCAGGAGAGGAUGCUUCCUGUGAUGUUGGACAAACUGAGGACCAAUAAUGACCUGGAGCUGAAAUCCCUCACCGGCUUCCUCAGAAACCUGUCACGCCAUGCCAAGGACAAGAACGCCAUGGCCACAAAGGUAGUGAACAACCUGGUGUCCGAAUUGCCUGCUGACGGUCAGCAGAAAGAGCCGUCCAGCGACGUGGUGGUCAACAUCUGUGGAACGUUGAACAACCUGGUGACCUCCAGCUCCAUCGCAGCCCGGGACAUCGCCUUCUUCGACGGGCUGCAGAAACUAGUGGCCAUCAAGAACUCCCACGACAGCAGUCCUGGGAAGCUGAAAGCAUCCAAAGCAGCAGCAACAGUCCUCUGCAACAUGUUCCAAUACAAGAAGCUGCACAAGGACUACAAACAGAAAGGAUUCACACGACCUGACUUUGCAGACGUGACAAUCUAAAAAAGGGAACUCUCUCUCUUUCUGUCAAGUGGCUGGAAACGCAUGUGAACACUUCAGUGAUCAAGGACUGUCUGUAAAACUGAGAACAGCUCCUUGGGCUACUUCCUACUUACACACGUUAGACGGACUACACUACAGAGUUAGAUGGACUACACUAUAGAGUUAGACGGACUACACUACAGAGUUAGACGGACUACACUACAGAGUUAGACGGAA